GCAGUAACGGUCCGUACACUUCUGUGUUUAUCUGAAAAUCCGCUAUCAUGAAACUCUUCGGUGCAACUUUAGCCAUCAUGUUGGGCUUGUCCCAUGGAGCAACCAUUACAAUCAAUGGUCAACAAACCCUUCCUACCUCCGGUACUAUUUCCUUCCAACAGACCGGUACCCAGCAAGUACAGUACCCUCAACAAGUGGUGACAUACCCUCAACAAGUGGUGACAUACCCCCAACAAGUGGUACAAUAUCCACAACAAGUUGUUACUCAAACAGUCGUCCAAAGACCCACUGGUGGUGGUGGUAUUUUAGGAGGACUUGCACAAGCUGCUGGUGGCAUAGUGGGAGGCGCUGCCCAUGCUGCUAGUGGCAUCGCAGGCGGAUUUUUGAAUGCAUUUGGAAAAUAAAGUUAAUAGUUCCACAUGUUAGCAGAAUGUGUUAAGCCUUCUGUGGAUGUUGAAUAAAAUAAAUAAAUAUCAACCAACGGUUAAAAAAAUCUUUAAAAGCUAUCCUUAUCUGAAGCAACUUUCAUUAUUUUCGGCCUGACCGAUUGACUUAAAAUAUUUUUUUAUAACCCACAUCACUCAUUGGUUUGCUAGAUGGUAUCAAUACUAACUUUCAGUUGCUGUCCCAUCUCCCGAG